AUGGAGGAAUAUAGGUCUUCUCUAAAGCUUUUCUAUAUGUGCCAAUGCGGGUUCUAUGUUUACGGUGUUGCUGCAUUGCUUGCGUGGGAGACGAGAAGAAAGGAUUUCGCUGUUAUGAUAUCUCAUCACAUAAUUACUAUCAUCCUCAUUGAAUCCUCAUACUUAGUAGGAUUUUUCCGAAUUGGAUCAAUCAUCCUCGCCGUUCAUGACGUGUUUAUGGAAUCUGCUAAAAUUUUCAAGUACUCGGGAAAAGAACUGGGAGCAAGUGCACAUUGA